CGGAAAAGUAGCAUGAAUUCAUUGCCUAACCUUUUCUCCCUUGUUAAAUUAAUCACCCCCAUUUUCUUCUCUUCUUCUUCUGCAAUCAUCUCUGCAUUAUUACAAAUAACAAAACAAGAAACACUCUUACAUUCUUGAAUACGAAUCAACAAAAGCUGCUCAGAGCAAAAAUUUGACUAAAGAGGUGUCUGUCUCUGUUGGUGGUGAGUUGAAAUCAUUUCCUGAUUAGUACGCAACGUCCUUUGAUUAACUUUUCCAAUUCGGUGGCCAUAGAAAAUGACUGAAAUUCCAAAGCUGCAGGAUAUGGGGUCUGAUCUUCUUGUUACAAACUGCCUCGCCGGAGAAUUCGGAGAGAAUCAGAUAAUCUCCGUCGCUGAUCACGUGAAUGGCCUGCACCACUCCACCACCAAAUCUGAUAGCUUCGUGGUAGAUAUGGAAAGGUUUUCUCAUCUCAUAGAAAAAGAAAAAAUUGCCAAUUCUGCAAAUUCAAGAAUCACAUUGCAGAGAAACCUUUCAAGGAAAGGAUCGAUGAGACCCGCAGAGAGGAAAGUGAGUAGCAACGAGAGAGAUGUUAGUAUGAUUGCAACUUCACCAAGAGCUACUCUCACGCUUGAAAAGCAAGCCGUAGUGGUGGCGGGGCCCCACGACCACUCCCUUACUACUACGCCCCAGCUCCAUCAUCAGAUCACCAUCACCAACGGAUGCAUAACCGCAGCUGCUGAAACUACCAAGAGAUUCGGCUUCCGCCGCUCAUCUCAAACUUGGACCAUCAAUCCUAGAAGAAUACUUUUCUUCUUCGCAACCAUAUCAUGCAUGGGAACCAUUCUACUUAUCUAUUUCACCUUAUCAAUGGGCAAACUCAACGGCGAUGGCAUCGACAACUCUCUUAAUUAAAUAACCUUGUACAUGUGGGUUGUGAUGCAGAACAAAAAGAAGAAAGAAAGAAUUACUACAACUUUUUGCAGAAAGGGACGACAGUAAUCAAAUUCAGAGGAUUUCAUCACCUUUUUUGUGAGAGUUACCAACCAAAUAUAUAUAAAGUGUGGGCAACAACAAGACAGGGAUGGAGGAAUGCAUAGAAAAACAUAUGAUGUGUAUACCCUUUUUAUGUUAGUUUAGCAUAUUUUUGAACAAAUGUAGUGGAGCAGAACAAAAAAAAAUUGCCUUCUUUGUAACUUUUUUCCCUUUCUUCUCAUCUCUCCACCUCUUUCGUUAGUGCGAU